CAUCUCCUUCCGCGCGGGAGCGCGCGCCGACAGUCCUACGCCUCCAACUGUCUCGCAGCCCCCCGCCGCCCCCCGGUCCAGCCAUCCAGGCUCAAUUUAGUAACAGGCAGACGGAGCUGCCUGCAGCAGAUCACAUAACACGCUGUGCUGCAAACCCUUGUUCACUCCCACCAGCUCCCAUCUGCAGCCCACCGCACUAGCCCAUGCCGUGCCAUGGCUUCCUCAGGACUCUGGGCCCUGGAUUAUGAGGUCUAUGGGGACGUACAAGGUGUCUUCUUUAGAAAGUACACAGAAGACCAGGGCAAGAAGCUAGGGGUGGUCGGCUGGGUGAAGAACACCCCCUAUGGGACUGUGACUGGGCAGGUGCAAGGGCCCAAGGAGAAGAUUGAGAUCAUGAAGAACUGGCUGCGCAAUGUGGGGAGCCCCAUGUCCCACAUUGACCGGGCUGUCUUCUCCAAUGAGAGGGAGAUCUCCACUCUGGAAUUCCCAAAUUUCACCACCAAGUACUAGGAGGUGGGGCCAGGACCACAGCGACCCCUUACCCCUUCCUUGGGGAACCACAUGACAGUGACCUCUGCUGGCUGGCUGCAGCUCCGGGGUGGAACGCAAGGACACCUGCAUCCCAACCUGGCCAUUGAGCAUAUCUUCCCCUGCUGCUCCCGGACGUCAGGGUGUGGGCCUGGCACCCGCCACAUGGACCUGUGACUUCCUUUGCCAGCCUCUCACUAAACUCCCAUUCCCCAACAGGGGCCCUACCCACAGAGCACCUGAAACCCCUACAUUUGAUGCCUGGCUCUGUGCAUAAGGUCCCAUCCUGUGACCUGAGCCCCAUCCCACCCCUGCUUUGCACUAAUACAAAUGGCUGUACUGCCCCCCCACAGUAUUUAAUCCACCCCCACUGUGAAGAGGAUGCUGCCUGUGCUUCCACCAUAGCCCUCCCACCUGCAUAGUGUAUUUCUGCGGAGGGGCUCAGUAAAGAUGACCUGAGAAAGCGAGAAGGUU